AUGUUUUCCACGGCAAUUAGAGUCGCGAAAAAUGAAGGCGAAAAAUUUAUGGGGAGAGCAGUUGAAUUCUUAUUGGGCAAAGGAAAAGAGAGAUUCUUCGUCCAUGAAAAAUUGAUUCGUGCCUCGUCCCCUUUCUUCGAUAAGGUCAUGUCAGCUACCUGCCUCGAAUCCAUGCAGCAUACUGGCACCAUUCAGCUAUCAGAAGACGAGCCAGAGAUAUUCGGCAUCUACGUCCAUUGGCUCUACUACAACAAGCUUCCUGUAUGCUGUAACGAACCAGGAUGUGCGGCAAACCAGGAAUACCUCAAACUCGUCAAGGCUUAUACACUCGGGAACAAAUUGAUGGACACGGGGUUCCAGAAUGCAGCGAUUGAUGCUAUUGUUGAGAAAAGUACAUCGGCAGCAUCGGAUGGGAAGAGGUAUUAUCCUGUUACAGAAGUGGUUGAAUACGCCUACAACAACACUCAUCUUUUAGCUCCCAUUCGUCGAUUACUUGUAGAUAUGCACGUCUCUGUUGGCAGUGGUAAAUGGCUUGACUAUGGGAACUUCAACUCAGAGAGAGUGCCGCAGCGUUUUCUCUUUGAGCUUAGUUCAAAGUUGUUGGAUCUGCGACGCGGAACUAGGGCGGAGGUCAAAGCUUCUGACUAUCAUGUUCAUGUAGCAGCUGACAUGAAAAUGGAGACUGAGAAGACUGAGAUGGAGAUUUUUUGA